AUGGAACAAGCGGCAGCAGCCGCUAGUCAAAAAACCAUGACUAUGUUCAUGUUGUUCCUGAUUAUUUUCUUAUUAGAGUAUGUGGUUUAUAAAAGGAAUGGUUUACCGGGCUUAGUUAUUCUCAAUGUCAUCUUAGCACAAAACACUCAAUCCCCAUCAGGAAUUGGUGGAAUAGUAGAUGAGUAUAGUGUCUUUUCUGGCUAUGGUAAUGAAAUCAGAACCGAACAACUAUCUAAUUUAAAAACAGUUAUCCAGCAAAAAGAAGAAGCUCAACACCAAGAAGAAUACUUAAAAAAACAAGCGGAAACUCUGAAACAAGCCGCCGAAAUAGAAAAGAAAUUAACCGAGGCUCGGAAUAAUUUAGGAAACUCCCACAUACCAGUCAAUACUUUUAAAAGAGAAGAGAAAAAAGCCAGUCAAAGUUUAGACACUAAAUUAGGUAAAUUGCCAGCCCCAACCAAAGAAGAAAUAAACUUACUAAGCCAAUUAUCUUUGACUUCUGAACAAUUUGCUCUGUUGGCUAGUCAAGCUCAAUAUUUAACUCACCAGGAAAAAGAGGAAAUAUUAGAGAAUUUCCCAAGUUUCAGCCAAGACACAAAAGUACAGUUAAUUAAUUCUGGUUUAAAUAACUUAGAAAUCAAUGCUCAGGAAAAGAAAGCCAAAUUUAUCCAACUAAAUCAAACUCUUUACCAAGAAAAACAAUCCUUCGGUCUUUCUAUUCCCGAAAAAGAAAAUAUUCUCCGUUUACUAAUUACUAGUUUAGAUUUAAGUACUGAACAAAGAACUUCCUUAGAAAACAUGGGCAUUAGAUUUUUUGAUGCUUCGAAUUGGGAAGUCAGUAACGAACAAAAAAAUAGUUUAUUAGGUUUUGGCUGUGCGAAGAUUAAAUUAACCGAGGAACAACAGGAAAAUUUAUUGAAUACUGACCAAUUGCGAAACUUUUCUUUAACUGAACCGCAAAAGGAUAUUCUGCAAAGUCUAGCCCCGUUAACUCGGGAAGAUAAAUAUUCCCCAGAAAGUUUACAAUUACUUCGUUCUUUGAACUUAAAACCAACUACUUUGAAUUUUUUAACUAAUGAAGAAAUCUUGCCUAAUCCCAACUUAGACUUUGGCGAAACUAAAUCAUCUUAUUUACCUUUAAAAACUAAAUUCUUGGAGGGAGAGCAGAAAGUUUUAGAGCAAAAGCAACGGCAAGAGGAAAAAAAACUAAAUCAGCAAGAAAUAACCGACAAAAAAUGA